AAAGGGAGGGUGGGAGGGAAGAAAGGCAGCCAGAGGAGUGAAAGAAGGAAGGGAGGAAAGGCAGAGAGAAAGGAAGGAAGGAAGGAAGGGAGAAAGAACCAAGAAAGAGAAAAAUGGAGGGAAGAAAGGCAGAGCAAGAGGAGGGAAGAAGAAAGGAAGGAGAGGCAGAAAGAGAGAGAGAGGGUGAUGGAAGAAAGGAAAGAAGGAAGGAGAGGCAAAGAGAAAGAGAAAGGGAGGGAGGGAGUGAAGGAAGGAAGCAAAGGCAGAGAGGAAGGGCGGGGUCCUUGAGCCAAGGCUACCGUGUGUGUGUUGUUGCCAGAACCCUGGGAGUUGCAGUUUGCAAGGCCCGCCUCCUUCCCUGCCAAAGAGGGUCGGCAGAUGGGCCGAACUACCAGGAUGCCAUGUAAUUAUCUGCCCCCCCAUUUCUCCAACACUGGUUGAAACUGCGCUAAAAGCUGAUUGGCCUUGUGGUCCUGUGCGUGGGCAUUUACGCCGAGGUGGAGCGGCAGAAGCACCGGACGCUGGAGGGGCUCUUCCUGGCCCCGGCCAUCCUCCUCCUCCUCCUGGGCCUCACCAUGUUCGCCGUCUCCUUCGUCGGGAUGGUGGGCUCCCUCCGCGACAACCGCACCAUGCUCAAGACCUUCUUCUGGGUUCUGUUGACCAUCUUCAUCAUUGAGAUGCUGCUGCUGUUUAUUGAGAUCAUCUUCGAAAAACAGAUGCACUCGGUCUUCCACGCCAGCCUCCGGGACGGGAUCAAGCACUACUACGACGACUUGGAUUUCAAAAACAUCCUGGACUUUGUGCAGCAAAAGUUCUCCUGCUGCGGAGGAGACGAGUUCAAGGACUGGCGGGUCAACCCCUACCACGCCUGCAACGGGAGCGGGGCCCUGGCCUGCGGGGUGCCCUACACCUGCUGCAUCCACAAGGAGAAAGUCAUCAACACGCUGUGCGGAUACCGGACCCUGGAUAAAGAGCGGCUGGAGCUGGUGGACACCAUCCACGUCCGGGGCUGCAUCCACGCGGUUGGCCUGUGGCUGAAGGACAACUUCGAAGCCACGUUGGGGAUCGUGUGCUCCCUGCUGCUCCCACAGGUCCUGGGCUUGGUGAUGGCCUGGCUGUACUGGCAGGAGCUGGACGAGAUGCACGAGAGCCUGGACAUGGUGGACUUCAAGCGGCUGGACUUGAGCAGCUUCGACUUGGAGGCGCUGGACCUGACUGGGGCCGGGUGGUGCUGGUGCCUGCCCAGGGAGGGGGGCUACCUGCCGGUCCGAGACACCGAGGAGGAGGAGGAGGAGGAGGAGGGGGGGACCGGAGUGGACGUGGUGGGCCACGCCGAGGUGGAGGACGAAGGGCCUGGCGGGAUGGACGGCGCAAGGGCCGAAGUGGCGGACGAGGCCCCGUUGGACACAGUGGACGGCGCAGAGGCGCACUUGGUGGACGACGGUGCCGUUGGCCAGAGCGUUGUAUGAAUGACCCAGCGUGGGUUGUCCAAAGGAGCGGCCUCCAAGGGCUGACCGGCCAAAAGCUCGAGAAGGGUCAGUGAGGGUCAGCCUGAGAUGAGGGUCAGCCAAGCGCUUUGGGGCUUUUAGUAGAGCGAGGAGUAGGAGCCGUGGGUGCAGUGGGUCCGGAGGAAGGGUGUCCGUUCCGGCGCAAGUGGCCAGUGUGGCCGCAGGGCAUUUCUGCUGAUGGCGGGGUGUUUUUGUAAGGCAAAGGUUGGCGCAUGACAUUAAAGGUUCUCUUUUUUGCCCCUUUUGUA